UAACAUUUACUUGAAGUGAAAAACCCAUGGGGUCCAAGAAUCCUUUAAUGGCUUUCAGUCGAGCCGUCCACUUCAACACAGCUCGCAACUCUUCAAGCCUAAUCUCAUGGAUUCCCACUGGUAAGAUCCAGCAAACAGUAGCCAAAUCUGUACAACUCACCGGAAUCGGUCUUCACUCCGGCAAACUUUCUACCGUUACAAUCUUACCGGAGCUAGCCGGUAAGGGUAGGUACUUUCAAUUCCGUUCAAAUGUCAUUCCUGCAUCUACUGAUUACGUCAAGGAGUCUCCGCUGUGUACUACAUUGUGCAAAGAUGGACACUCUGUUACUACCGUUGAACACUUGCUUUCCGCUUUGGAGGCCAUCGGCGUUGAUAAUUGCUGUCUGCAAAUCGAAACCUCUAAUCCUCACGACGAUCCAUCCUCUGAGGUUCCUAUUCUGGAUGGAUCAGCAAGAGAAUGGGUGGACGCAAUUGAAGAAGCUGGGCUGAAGGCAGCAUUAGAUCGUAGUGGUAAUAGCUGUGAGAAAUUAGCUCCUGUUCUUAAAGAACCUGUAACUGUAUGGAAAAAUGACUCUUUUAUAGCUGCAUUCCCUUAUUCAAAGAUCAAGAUUACCUAUGGCAUCGACUUUCCACAGGUAAAUUUCCGGGAGUUUGUCUGCUAUGCUAUUCUUUGUUUUUUUGCACAUCGAGGGACAAUGGCACCUGAAAUUGGCUGUCAGUGGUUUUCUUUAACCUGUCUGGAUAAAGAUUUCUUUGCCAAAGAACUAGCUUCUGCGAGAACCUUUUGCAUUUAUGAGCAGGUUGAACAACUACGCAAAUCAGGAGUUAUCAAGGGGGGUUCCUCCAAAAACGCCAUUGUUUGUAGUGAAAGUAGAGGCUGGCUGAAUCCACCGCUGCGUUUUAGUGAUGAACCUUGCAGACACAAGGUUUUAGAUCUUAUAGGUGAUCUUUCUCUUUUGGCACACGGUGGUAACCAAGGGCUUCCCGUGGCACACAUUAUUGCUUAUAAGGGUGGACAUGCACUGCAUGCGAAUUUCGCUCGAUGCUUAUCAAGAAUCAACUGAGUUAGUUUUGGUGUUCAAGCUAUUGUUGUUCUUUGAGUCCUGUAACUAGUUGGCUAUUUGUGAACCAGAGUUACUUGACCCAACUUUUGACAACUUGGAUGCUAAUUGACCAAAUCUUUGGCAAAAGGACUCACGAGUCGAUACUCAGGACGUUCUAUCAUUGACGCGGGGCCUUCGCUCUCAUUAUAUUGAUGUGGAUUGCCUCGUAAAAUAGCCAUUGAACUUUCCCAGACAUUUGUAAUUCGUGGUCUAAUUUGACAGCAUCUUGCUUCAAGAAAAAGAGUUGAUUGUAUGGGUGAAGCCCAUACUGAUAUUACUGAUAUUCUAUGACCAAGUGAAUUUUUUCUUAAAAAGGGUGAAAAUGUUUCCCCUUCCCCCUCCCUCCCGCUCCCCCUUGUAUAUUCAUGCAUCUCAUGUUUGCAUGUAUAUCUUUGCAUAUUCAUGAAAAUCUGUAUGAUAUACACUGAUAUAUAUGAUAUACAACAUGAAAUUAGGAGUUUGAA